GCAACAGAUCGACGAGCGCGUAUGGCCAAGGCCAACGGGACACCUCCUCGGCGCCCGUGGAGCCGAUCGAGGCGAGCAAGCUCGUCGCGCUGCAGGUGGCCGAUCGAUCUGGAGCUCGAUCCAGAGUGGCGCACGGAGAACCAGGUCGCAUCCGUCCACGCGUCCCGGGCCACCCCUCGCGGAUCAUGUCCCCCGCCACCACCAUCCACCAACAGCCCGAACGUGCACCAAGCCACCGACGCCAUCGGUGCACGCGCUCUCCCCACCCACCAUGUCCCUCCGAUCCAUGGCGGGCGCCGUCCUCCCGUCUUAUAUACCAAUGCCUACUACCUCCUUCUUCUCCCAACGAGCAGCAACAAGCAAGUCAACAAGAACCAACUAACACUUCGCUUUCUGCAGCAAUGGCGCCCAGCUUCGGUCGCUCCAUCUCCUUCCCUCUCAGCCCGGCACGAGCUUCCAGGCCCCGGGCCGCCGCCUACCACGUCCGCUCCGUCUCCCUCCCCUGCAGCUCCCACCCGCUCCUCGCCCACCUCUGCAACCACAUCGCCGCCGUCCGCUCUUGGGUGGCUGAUCCGAUCUCGGCCUCUACGGGCCUCGCCCACCUCAACGCUCUCCACGCCUCGCUGGCAGAGCUCCUGCUCCUCCCGGAAGCACGCUCCGCGCUCCAGUGCGGGACCGCAGCUUGCCUCCUCGACGGCUUCCUUCUCCUCGCCGACUCGCACGGCGCGUUCCAGGAAACGGUCGUCGAGCUCAGCGCGCACGCGGCCGACGCCCAGGUGGCGCUCCGGCGCCGCGAUGACAACAGGCUCGCCUCGGCGGUGCGUUCACUGCGCCGCAACGAGAAGGACCUCGGGCGCCUCGCCGGCUCCGUGCGCGCCGCGGCUAAGUUCCCGACCGCGACGUUCUCGACGUCGUGCAGUGUGGCAGAGGUCGAGGUUUCUGGGGCGCUCGCCGAGGCCGUGGCCGCUGCCGCGUUCGCGUCCGCCGCAGUAUUCUCUACCGUUGAGGCCGUGUCCGCCGCGGCCACGAGCGCGCUGGCAUCCAAGAAGACCAUGACAUCGUCGAUCAUGUCUCUCGUCAAGAGCGGCAAGCACGCUUCGGACGACGACAAGGAGGUGGCCGUAUUAGAGAAGCUUGACGAGGUAGAGGCGUGUGUUGCCGAGAUUGAUACCGGGAGCGACAAGGUGUUCAGGAGCAUCCUGCACACCAGGGUCGCGCUCCUCAACAUCCAAACUCAAACGUGCUGUUGAUAGAUAUCACGGACUUGGCUAGCUUCUGAUGUAGUGUAGUUUUGUGGACAAUCACGAUGAUGUCCAAACCCAAGUGUACAUACUCCAUUUGGUUCACUCACUAAAGCAAAGCAAAAGCUCCUGUUCCACAACA